AUGAGCGAAACUCCUUCCACCAGUUUCUCCAUGGUUCGCCGGAUCUCCUCUGAAGGUCAGCUUCCUUCUCCUCGCCAGUCGGGAAUCACCCAGCCUGUCGUGGCCAAAAGGAUCAGUUUCUACAAGAGUGGAGACCCGCAGUUCGGCGGGGUCCGGGUGGUGCUGAAUCCUCGUUCCUUCAAGACAUUCGAUGCUCUGUUGGACAAUCUGUCGGGCAAGGUGCCCCUGCCCUUCGGGGUGAGGAACAUCAGCACCCCCCGGGGGAGGCACAGCAUCACGCGCCUGGAGGAGCUGGAGGACGGUCAGUCGUACCUGUGCUCCCAUGGCAGGAAAGUGCAGCCAGUGGACUUGGACAAGGCCCGGCGUCGCCCGCGGCCCUGGCUCAGCAGCCGAGCUCUCAGCACGCAUGUGCAGCGAGGCCCCGCCCCUGCUGCUCCCGGCAUGCUGCGCGUGCCGCGACGGCUCGUGGUCUUCAGGAAUGGCGACCCCAAGACGAGGCGUGCAAUCGUGCUCAACAGGAGGGUCACGCAGAGUUUCGAGGUAUUCCUGCAGUACCUGACACAGGUCAUGCAGCGCCCGGUGACCAAGCUGUACGCCACAGACGGAAGGAAGGUUCCCAGUCUGCAGGCUGUGAUCCUGAGCUCUGGAGCUGUGGUGGCAGCAGGAAGGGAACCGUUUAAACCAGGAAAUUAUGACAUCCAAAAGUACUUGCUUCCUGCUAGAUUACCAGGGAUCUCUCGUCGUGUGUACCCCAAGGGAAAUGCUAGGUCAGAAAGCAGAAAAAUGAGCACACAUGUACCUUCAAGCCCAACGUCUCAGAUUUAUUCUCUUUCUUCUGAGAAAAUGCAGAGUAAUGAUUGCUACUCGGAUCAUUCUUUUGCUUCUGAAAAUUACUUGGCAUUAGAAAAAAAUGAUUCUCAGAAUUUAUUGAUAUAUCCUUCUGAAGAUGAUGUUGAGAAAUCAGUUAUUUUUAAUCAAGAUGGCACUAUGACAGUUGAGAUGAAAAUUCGAUUCAAGAUAAAGGAGGAAGAAACCAUAAAAUGGACAACCACUCUCUGUAGAGCUGACCUGUCCAAUAAUGGUGGAAAAAGUGAAAUAAGCAGUCUCCCAGGGAGAAUGGAUGAUCGAUCAUCUGGUGUAAAGAUUACUGCAUGUUCAUUGUCAGCAGACGUCUCACCUCUGGAGAAAGGUGGUAGUCAGGUAGACAGUCUAGCGGAGGAGGUGAACACUCAAGUAAAAGAUCAAGAUGUUGAAACUUGCAGUUCUACUAGCUGGGAGAACCCUAUUAUGGACACAGAUGCCACCCAGGGAACUCAGGAUCGAGUGAAGCAUCGUUUCUACAGGCCCCCUACACCUGGACCAAGGAGAGUGAGGCAGAAGAAGUCUGUGAUAGGGAGUGUGACCUUAGUAUCUGAAACUGAGGUUCAAGAGAAAAUGAUUGGGCAGUUUUCCUACAAUGAAGAAAGGAAAGAUUGGGAAAACAAGUCUGAGUAUCACAUGGUCACACAUUCUUGCAGUAAAAUGUCAUCUGUGUCCAACAGACCCAUACUUGUUCAAGUUGAUAAUGAUGAGCAGGUAGCAUCAUCUUUAGAAAGAAAAAAGGAAAGCAGAUUGCUCAAAUCAAGUGCAAUAAGUGCUGGUGUUGUAGAAAUUACAAGUCAGAAGAUGUUAGAGAUGUCCCAUAAUGGUGGCUUGCCACAGACUACAUCAGAAAACUCAAUUGUGGAGGAAGGUGUAGUUGAUAAUGUCACAGCAGACAACGAAGCUAGUGUUAAGAAUUUAAGAACUUACGGUAACACAGAUGAUAGAUCCGGCCCUUUCUUAGCAGAUGCAGCUCACUCUUCAAGUAACAACCCUGGGACUGACAAAACUAUUUCCAAGACCCCAGCUUCGGUAGCACCCUCUACUGUCACUACAAGAAUUGACCAACUGCUCCAUGCAUUUUCUCAGUGUGGUUUAACAAAACUUCCAGAAAAUGAAAAGCAGAUUUCAUCAUCUGUUGCUAGCAAAAAAAAGAUGAAAUCUCAGCAGCGUGUGAUAAAUUCUCAGCAUCAGGCUGGAGAGAUGGCAACUAAAAGAAUCCCCAGGAAGAAUAAGAGAAUGAACACAAGAGGUAGAAUUGCACAGGAAACCAUAUUGCAAGAUUCAUGUAGUCCCCUUAAAGGGGCCAUACUUUGUGAAAAAGACCUCCAUGCAAGUGAUAUGGUAAUUGAAUCAAAUUGUUUUUCUUCGAAAGGUAAUAAUCCUGUGAAUUCCAGAAAUUUACAUAGAAAUAAAUUAAAUGCUAUUCAUAAACCUAAGGUUCAAGGACUUUUAGCCAGAAGACAAUCCAGACCACUAAACAAAGUAAACUUGGGAGGACCUACAAAAAGAGAAAUUGGUCAAGGAGAGAAAGUGUUUUCCCACAAUGAGAUUGGAUAUUGCAAAAAUACUUUUGAAAAUCAAAAUUUAUUUCAUUUAUUUAACUUCCUUGAGCAAAAACCCAAUGCUUUUUGUGGGCCAGAGUCUCAGGCAGAAACAGCAUCUUGGUAUUUGAGAGGAACAUCAAAGAGGAGUUUAGUUUCAAAAGUUAAUAAUUCACACGUAACUUUAAGGAGCCAGAAAAAACCAAAAAGGGAUAAGUUGAAAUCAGAUACUGCUGUAAGUAAGCAGCAUGUCACAACCAGGGCAAAUUCUUUGGCUUCUUUGGAAAAAGCUGUUUUUCCUGAGAAUGUUACCCAUCAUUCAGUUCAAAGUUAUGUACAAAGAUGGUUGCAGAACUUAAGUCCACAAACAGCUUUGCAACUUGGCAAGUCAGCUCCAGUAUACAAAAAGGAAAGGGGUGUGGCGAGUUACAAAAAUGGUUUUCUUCCAGGAAACAGUUCCUACACUAGUUCUGGAAAAGGAAAUGAUUCUGUUCUGGAAAGUAAUAGACACACAACUAAAAGUGCCACUUUGACAGGAGACAAUCUAGGGAAGAAAGUAGGUAUAUCUUUAGGCAAAGGUAGCAGUGAAGAACUCAUCCAGGAUCACUGUGAGAGCCAUACUGACUCCCUGAAUGAUACUUCCUUGCUUUCUGUUCAUGAAUUCUGUACUUGGUCGCAGUCAGCUACUGAUGAUCCUAAUGCUAAAAGUCAGGUGUCUGCUGUGAAGUCAGGGCAAGAGGUGAGCCUUGUUUACAAAGAUAUAAACCUUGCUGCAAAAGGGCCAAGCGUAGAGACUGCUGUACAAGUAGAUCUGGAAGGGGACGCCCCACAACGCUUGUCGCCAGUCCAGCUGCUUCGCCAGCUGCAAGCUUUGGUUCCUAGUAGUCCCAAGGCUCAAAAUGGAGUUGUUCAGAUGCCAGGUCCACUUUCAGAAAUUCCCUUCCCUUCUUUGAUAUGUAAUUCCUCCACUAAUGUACUUCUAGCUUGGCUUCUGGUGCUAAACCUAAAGAGAGGUAUGAGUAGCUUCUGUCCAGGUGACGCUCUCAAGGCGACCAGUGGAAGUUCAGAAACACUUGCAUUGUUGGAGGUGCUGAAGCACAUUGCUGUCACAGAGGAAGCUGAUGACUUGAAGGCCGCCGUGGCCAGCUUACUGGAAUCAACCACGAAUCACUUUGGACUCACUGAGAAAGAACAGGAUACUUCCAUGAACAAGGCUUGUUUCUUAGGAGACAUCUCUUCACUUACUGAUGCUGUGUCUUCUCAUGAGGCUUGUACUUACGAGCAAAACCAUAUCUAUGAGAGAGCUGAUAAUUUGGAAUUGACUGAAGAGUUAGAAAGAGUUGAUGAAGUUCAGAAAGACAGAAAUAUUUUGGCAGACCCUGGGUAUAAACAUGGCUCUAAUAUGUUGGUGUCACACCAAAGUAUCAGUAAUUUAAGCCACUGUGGCUCUUUCCAAAAUACAACUGAAUCAGAACUUCAUGGAGAAAAUAGUUUUUUAGAUAAAUUUGAAAGUUGUUCAUUAAAGAAAUUUCAGGAUAAAAAUGUAUAUACAUCUUUUGAUAAGGAGGAUUCAAAGACUUCUGAAGAACCAGGCUCAACAACCAACAGCAUGACAUCAAGUGAAAGAAACGUCUCAGAAUUGGAAUCUUUUGAGGAAUUAGAAAACCAGAACACUGUUAUCUUUAAUACAAAGGUAAAUUCAGGGGAGCAAGUGACUGAAGAAUUGAUCCGAAAGGAGUUAGAGGCUAGUAGGAGUUUGGAAUUGAUCGAAGUGUCCAGCAGAAAUGAUGCAGAAGUAGGAAAGGAUGGUGUAAUUUGUGAGACAAUCAGUAGGAGACUGGUGACUCCACCAUCUUUAGUAUUUUGCUAUGAUUCUAAGCAAAAUAUGGAAAAGGAGCCCAGUGAUGGAGAAACUAAAACAAGAGUCAAAAAGAUGGUGGAAAGCUUGGAAGCUGGAAGUUCUUCAGAGUCCCCUCUUAAUUUUAAAAACAGUCUAAGAAGGUCAGGAACUUCUGAUUGGUCAGAUUAUAGACAAGACAGUGAGAAUGAACAGUCAUACAAAACACCCAGUGAUGGCCCCAGUGACAAUGAUGAGGAGAUGAUCCCAGAGAAAGAAUGCAACAAAGGAUUUGUUAAAAGGGCAAUAGAGAAACUUUAUGGUAAAGCAGAGAUGAUGAGACCAUCUUUUUUUGCUGGAUCUACACACACAUCUCAGGUUUAUCCUUGUGAUUCUGUGGAAUUUCAGGGCACUGGGAAAGUAGGUCUUUAUGAUCCUCAAGGUCAGUCACUUGGCUCUUCAGAACUGGUAUCUAGUAAUUCAAGUGUGUUGCAGAAAUUUCCAGAGCAAAAACGAGAUAAAUGUGAUGUUAAUAAUGUGAGGGCCAGUUAUCCCAGGGAAGAUAUUGCAGAACAUGGUACAGAACAGAAUGAUCAUAAAAGAAUCCUCAGGGACAGGGAAGAGGGAGUACUGAUCGACAAGGGCAAGUGGCUCCUGAAAGAAAAUCAUUUGCUAAGAGUGUCAUCACCUGAAUGUUCUGACCCAUGUGGCCAUGCAGACACGACAUCAGUGGAUACUCUACUGGAUAAUAACAGCAACGAGGUUCUGUAUUCACAUUUUGGAAACUUGGCUCCAGGCCCAAGCAUGGCUGAACUAUCCUCCUCAGAGCUAGAGGAACUGACUCAGCCUCCUGAGCUGAGAUGCAAUUAUUUUAACAUGCCUCAUUGUACUGACUCGGAGCCCUUCUGUGAUGAUGAGCUAGAUAUUCAAGAUGAAGCUUGUGCUCAGGAGAGAAAACCAAAUCACCCAGCAGAGGAGAAGGGUAACCUUAGAUCAGAGAGAGUGUGUACGUCUGCCACACAUGUCUUCGCGUCUGCUGGUAACAAAGUCCAUCCUGUCUCUGAUAGUGCUGUUAAGAACCAACCAUUGGCUGGUAGUAAUGUAAUUCAUGGAGCCCUUCGGGAAGACGACUCUUUGGAUAAACUCUAUAAUAUCUGUGGUCAACAUUGCCCAAUACUAACUGUGAUUAACCAGCCCAUAAAUGAGGAACACCGAGGAUUUGCAUAUUGCACAGAUUCUGAUGUUGAAAAUUCAUUGAGUCUCCAGUUAUGGAUGAAAAUACACCCAUGUUUACAACAGUCAAGCAAAACCAUGUUUAGAGAUAAGAACAGUAAAACAAGAAGUAGAAGAACACUUACUGAUAAUGCCAUUGCCAAUACACACGAUUGGCCUCAUUUUAAUAACACAUUUGACUUGAUGGACAGAAGGAGAAAAUUAAAACGAAGUAACUGCAUGGGCUUAGAGGAAGAAAAUAAUUUCAAUAAAUUUCAGUCAUAUUUAAAGAGUUUCUUGCACAUGUUGUUGUUAGUUGUGGGUCAGGUGAAUUCAAAUACACAAGACCCCAGCAGUCAGACAAAGGAUAUCUUUGAAGUAAUUGAUGAGAACAAUAACUUAUUAAAUAGCAGAUUCCAGAACUCAGGAACCAAUCUCAACCAAGUAGUCAGAGAACACAGGUCUCAUUUGUCCUUUGAAAUGCUUGGCCAAGCCGAGACAUUCUUAGGUGGUAACUGGAAAGUUUCCAUAAUCACCAGUGACUUGCCAAAUGCCGGGACCAGCUCACAGAUUUAUAUUACACUUUAUGGACAACAUAGAAGUUCAGCCCCCAUAUAUCUUUAUGGAACAGACGGAGCCCGAUUUCAGGAAGGCUGUGAAGACACAUUUACUAUCACGGUUGGAGACAUUGGGACGCUCUUUAAGAUCCGUAUUGGUCACACCAACUCCGGGCUCUCCCCUUCCUGGCACUGUAAAGAGAUAAAAUUGUGGGACCUGAAUGCCGAAAGACAGUUUCACAUACCUGUUCAACGAUGGUUGGCACGAGAUCAAGAGGAUGGGGAAGUUUGUCGAGAAUUUCCUGUUUUGAACAAGGGGCAGCCCAUCCUUCCAGUGACAGUGUAUGAAGUGCACGUGGCAACAGGUGAACUUUGGAAUGCUGGAACAGUAGCAAACAUUUACAUGUCUGUCUAUGGGGAAAAGGGAGAUACAGGAUCCAGACAACUAUUUCGAUCAAAGAGCACCUUAAAUUUUUUAAGAGGACAAGUUGACAGCUUCCUCCUGGAAGCUGUGCAUCUGGGGAAUUUGUACAAGAUUGUCAUAGCCCAUGAUGGGCUUGGACCAGGAAAUGGUUGGUUUCUUGAUGAUGUUGUGAUCAAGGAUCCCACAACGAACCGUGAAUACACCUUUUUCUGCCACAGAUGGCUGGAUCAAGGGGAAGAUGAUGGUAAAAUCGUCAGAGAACUGUAUGCCAAGAAUAACAGUAUUCUCUCUGCAAGGCAAAAGCUGGAAGUUAUUAGAAAAGAGACAUGGGCUGCAGAAAGCUGGAAAUUUAGGAAAGGAAAUACUCUUCAGUUCUACAACAGGCUUACUGGAGGGUUUGUCCGUCUGCAUCCAGACAGCACAGUGGACGCAGUUGGAGAGAAGACAGACAAAUAUGGUUUCUUUGACGUUAUUUUCAACAAAGGAAAUGUAUGCAUUUUCCAAAGUCAUGAAUUGAGGCACCUUUCUCUGGCUCUUGACAACGGCUCCGUCACUGGAAUGGCUAGUGGUGGAGCCUCCACUGAGAUGCGGGUGCUGUCUCAGCCCAACCGCUGUGCACUCCUUGAGUCAGCACGGGUUCCCGGCCACUUGGUUAUUUUUGAUCGCCAUGGCAAAAUAACUAAUGAAUCAUCAGCAGGCUACGCAGACCUUUCAAAAGAGUUUGUGGUUUUUGUCAAGGGUGUGUUGCUCAACAGCGCAGUGGUUCUGCUUGCCACCAGCUUGUGCCAGGCCCUCUGCCUCCUGCCGGAUGGGAGCUGCACGGGCGUGGGAAAGCCGUCUGAAAAGUCCUACUGGAGAGUGCAUAAAAUCAGCUCUGGGAUCUGCAUGUUUGAAAGUGUGAAGAAUGCACGGAUGUUUCUGAGGAUUAAGGACGGACGGUGUGACGGAGCCGGUAUAGGAGACAGUGACUGUCAUUUUAAAAUUAAGAAGAACUUGGAAAAUGCAUGUGUAAGUCUGGAAUCGGUGAAGAGCCCAGGGUUGUUUGUUGGACUUCAGUCAGAUGGACAGGCAAAACCAGUUGUUUAUACUGAAAGCGGGAGUGUUUUCUUCUAUCCACAAGUCGUCAAAUUUGGUAGAGAAAACCCAAGUGGUAUGUCUGUAACACCCAGCCAAGAAGAGGAGAAGAUCCUUGAGUCAAGAAACCAGGAAGAAAUGCCAUCAGAACCAGAGGCCAGAGCAGCCUCAUCUUCAACUGCACAUGGCUUCCAUUUAUGUCUCAGGGCAUAA